UCCACCAUGAAUCUUUCAGCUCGCAGCAAUGUCGGUAUCUAGCCGGAGUGAAAAUACCAUCCCCAGCUGAUUGACAUACUAUACAGUGACCACUCAGACGUUUCUCAGCUUUCCUUCUAUUCAUGGACGUUAUCAGCGGUCAUGUAAUAUCACACUCAACAUUUUGCACCUCUGGCUGUUCACGAUUUUGUCUUAGUUUCUUGAGGCUCUUACUUUUCUUAGACGAAUUCUACUUUUGGUUGUAUCAGUUCGACGCAAUUAUUUAUGGGCCCUAAUCAUAAAACUUAAUCAAGCGUCUAACGUAAGAUUCGGUGGUGAUAAAUACGGAAUGAUUUCAAGGUUUCAAUUCAUAAUCUUGCCAAUUGUCGAGUUGUGCAAGAUCCAGAGUUGAGAUGUGGCGUGUUGUGUGAAGGAAGUGCGUGAGCAGAGUUUUCACUUUGCAAGUUUCAAGUGCCAGGCGAGGAUAGAAAUUUGCUGGGUCAAUAGGUCACCCGGCUUUGGUGUGCAUCCCUGAGUGUUCGUAUAAAGAUUUCAUCAGUGGCUGGAUUCAGUUGAUUGGAUAAUCAUGGCGACGUUUUCACCUUGGGAUUAUGUGGUAUUCUCACUGGUACUAGGAAUUUCUGCUGCAAUAGGGAUAUAUUUUCGAUUCACUGGCGGGAAGCAGAAGACAACAAAGGAGUUCCUUCUAGCAAACCAGAAUAUGUCAAAAUGGAUGGUUUGUGUAAGUUUAAUGACCAGCUUCAUGUCGGCAGUCACGAUUUUAGGAGUCUCGGCGGAGAACUACCAAUAUGGAACUCUAUUUGUUAUCAUUAAUUUAUCAUAUAUAGUGACUAUGCCAAUAGCGGCUUACAUUUUCUUACCAGUAUUUUUCAAAUUGGGAACGACAAGUGUGUAUGAGUACCUAGGACGACGAUUUGGUCCAACAGCAAGACUGACUGCUUCUACUGUUUAUUUAUUGCAAAUGAUCUUGUAUAUGGGCAUUGUUUUAUAUGCUCCUGCUCUUGCACUUGAGGCUGUUACAGGACUAAAUAAAGUCUACGCUAUUCUGAUUCUGGGCUUCGUCUGUACAUUCUACUCAACAAUUGGUGGAAUGAAAGCUGUCGUUUUCAUCGAUUUAUUCCAAUCAUUACUCAUGUUCAUAGCAGUCUUCAGUGUGAUCGUGGUUGCAGCAAUCCAUGCAGAUGGCCUUGGGGAUAUAUGGCACGAAGCUGAGCGUGGUGGACGAAUUGAGUUCUUGAACUUUGAUCCCGAUCCAACAACACGUCACACCUGGUGGGCUCUGAUUAUUGGCGGUACUGUAACCAAUUUAUCCUUGUACGGUGUAAAUCAGGUCCAGGUACAACGCAUGCAGACCACCAGAAAUAUCAAGGAAGCACAAAAGACACUGUGGCUCAAUCUUCCUAUUCUAAGCCUCCUAAGUUUGAGUACAUCACUCAGUGGACUUGCGAUCUACUACAUGUACAAGGAUUGUGAUCCGGUAUUAGAAGGCAGGAUCACUUUAAGGGACCAGGUUUUCCCACUGUUUGUCAUCGAUUUCAUGGGACACAUCGCUGGACUGGCAGGAUUAGUAGUGUCCGGAAUAUUCGCAGCAAGUCUUUCAACAAUCUCCGCUUCAUUGAAUUCCUUAGCGGCGGUAACAUUACAAGAUUAUGUCAGGCCAACGUACAAAAAAAUUAAAGGUCAAACCUUUACUGAAAAACAGAAUACAAAAGCCUCAAAAAUUCUGGCUUGUCUUUAUGGUUUCCUUUGUAUUGGCAUGGCGUUCUUGGCACAACUUCUCGGUGGUAUCCUUCAAGCUGCCUUAACCAUUUUUGGAGUAGUCGGAGGCCCCUUGUUAGGAUUAUUUUCUUUGGGGAUGCUUAAUACAAGACCCAAUCAGAAGGGUGCAUUAACAGGACUUGCUGCCGGUCUUGCGAUGGCAUUUUGGAUUGGUUUCGGUGGACCCAGGCCACCCCCGAAACUGCUGGACUUUUCAGAUGAAGGCUGCAAAUCAGUUAACUCAACAUUCCUGUACAUACCAAAAGCUUCUGAUUCAGACGAUUCAAGCUAUUUCUGGCUCUAUCGUGUUUCAUAUCAAUGGUACUCACUAAUAGGAUUCCUUGUGACAUUUAUAGUUGGAUACAUUGCAAGUUUCAUUUGUGAGCUUCUUAAGUGGGACUCAAAUGCAAGGAUCUAUGAAGAUAAAGAUAAAACUAUCAUAAAGACCGAUCUUUUCUGCCCGCCUUUAGCAAAACGCCUUGCCCGGAAAAAUGAGAGAUUAAUAAAAGAUGAGUGUAAAAAUGGAGUUGACCCAAAAUGAGGUUGGAAAUAGCACAAAUGAUUGAGAAAGGAAAACCAAAGGACAAUAAUAGUUACUACAACCUAAUUUAAGCAGUAGAGACGAUAUAUUUUGUUGCAUACGUACUUAUCAUUAGCAGUUUUAUUUUUAAGCUGCUGAAAAAGAGAUGAUAGCGAUUGGAGAUUUUUGAAAGUAAACAGAGUGCGGAUGAUGUCUUCCAUUUUGAUAGAGAAAUAUUCAUAUUGUUAAAGACUUUAUAAAUAUAGAUAUAUAUGUACAAUGAUGUUA